AUAUUUCGGUCCUUUGAGAAUGUCAUCACAGGUUCCAUAAUCAUCUUGAUUGUUUCUGCCGAACCUCCCUUAUUCUUACUUAAGAGAAUUUUUGGUCUUCUUGCAGAUCUUCGUCAACCUAGUAUUCUGAUACCAAUAUUGGGAUUUAUUAAAUUCAUUUACAACUCUAUAUUGUCCGAUUAGUACAAUAUUGUCCACUUUGGGCUUUAGGCAAGCCCGCGUGGUUUUACUUUUGGUUUCCAUUCCAAAAGAGAACGGGUUUUGAAAGGGGGCUUCGACAGUGGCUGACUUCAAAGCAGGAAGAGACGACUGGAUCGGCACCACCAUCUCUUUCCACCUCUUAAUGACUCUCCCCAUUCACAGUAAUUCACUCUCGUUUUUCCUUCUCGUGUAUCUUAGGUUGCGGUCCUGUCGGUGUGCUUUUGCGCUGGUUCUACUCAUGCUUCAUCUCUCCUUGUUUUGAUGGUCGUCUUGGUGGUUUCCGUUUUCAAAGGAUGUGUACUCUUCGGCGGUGGCUCUGACCAAGGUGAUUGUUAGAGUUUUCAAAGUUUUUACUUCUAUUUUGUAGGUCAUUUCAGUUUAGACCUCAUUUUACCUGAGCUUAGUAAGGAUUAUGUGAGCCUUUUGUAUUUUUUAAUGUUUUUCUUAUGUCUUUUAUAUAACAAUAUAUAAGCGAAAAAGUUUAUAUAAAAAACCUAUAAAAAAUAAAUCAAAGCAACAUAAAAUUUAGAGUAGAUAUUUAUACUCUAUAUUAACCACAGCGUCAAAUUCUAAUUAAAAUUAAUUUAGAGUAAAUAUUUACUCUAUAUUAACCACAUAGUCAAAUUCUAAAGAUAUAAGAGUAGGUUCUAUUUGUAUGCUUUUUCCACUUUAGAAUAUUAAAGCGCCAAAUUUAAGCAAAAAUAACAUAGUUUCAUGCGAGCUCAAACCUAAUAUAAUGUUCGAGUGCAAGAAAACAAUAGAAUGAUUUUACCCAAAAAAAAAAACAAUAGAAUGAAGCCUCAAUUCAGAAAGAAAAAAAAAACAAUAGAAUGGCUUUCUUACCCUAACCAAAUAGCACCAAACCAAUUUACACGGUCUUAUUUCCGGAUGUACGUUUCAUAAAGGAACUAUACAAACUGAAAAGCUCAGUGUCGAGUGUAUUCCAGUCUUAACGAAAGAAACUAAAGCAGACCCGUACACGUAUUACGUAUGUAUAGUAUGCCAGUUGACUAGAUACCAAAAAGAUCCAUAAAACUAAAAUAAUAUCUCAAAAAUAAACAUUACGGGUCCCACAAAAAAGCGUGUGGGGUCAGGCUCAAAAAACCAAACCCAAACCGUGGCUUGACAGCGAACACACCGUCCAUCUUAACGUGGCGCGCCUCCCGAACCAAAGAGAAGCAGUUACAAUCCAACUGUCAAAACCGUGUUCCAUGACGUCAUUUUCUUUCUUUUCGUUUUAACUAAAGCCUCUUUUGUCCUUUUCUCCAAAUCGUCCCCUUUCCACGAACAUAACUAUUAAAUAAACUGAAUCAUCAAAUAGGUGCAUCACACAGUGCACAAUAACUAUAUAUAUAUACACAAGACUAAAUACAUAAAGAACACGUGUAAGCCGAUAGACAUGGGACAGCUGUCGUUACCAGAUACUCCGUGUUCCCCUUUUUAACACCUUAUAAAAACAACAAAUCUUCCUCUCUUUCUCUAUAACUAAAAACACUUUAAAAUCCAAAAAAGAAAGAAAGAGAAAUUAACACCUUAUCCAAAAUCAAGACUCUGUUUUCGUUUUACUCGAUGGAUCCAUUUUACACUUCUUUCUCAGACUCGUUCCUCUCGAUCCCUGACCACAGAUCUCCAGUUUCCGACAGUAGUGAGUGUUCUCCGAAGCUAGCUUCGAGCUGUCCGAAGAAACGAGCAGGGAGGAAGAAGUUUCGUGAGACACGUCAUCCGAUUUACAGAGGAGUUCGUCAGAGAAACUCAGGGAAAUGGGUUUGUGAAGUUAGGGAGCCUAACAAGAAGUCGAGGAUUUGGUUAGGGACUUUUCCGACCGUCGAAAUGGCCGCUCGUGCUCACGACGUCGCCGCUUUAGCCCUUCGUGGCCGCUCCGCUUGUCUUAAUUUCGCCGACUCGGCGUGGCGUCUCCGGAUUCCUGAGUCUACUUGUCCUAAAGAAAUUCAGAGAGCUGCGGCUGAAGCUGCAAUGGCGUUUCAGAAGGAGACGGCUACGACUGAGACGACUAUGGUUGAGGCAGUGAAACCGGCGGAGGAGACGGUUGGGCAAACGGGUGGGGAGACCACGGAAGAGAACGGUGUGUUUUAUAUGGAUGAAGAAGCGGGUUUUGGGAUGCCAAGGUUUCUUGAGAAUAUGGCGGAGGAGAUGCUCUUGCCGCCGCCGGAACUUGGAUGGAAUCAUAACGACUUGACCGGAGAUGCUGACGUGUCACUCUGGAGUUUUUAGAAUUUGAAUAUUCUUUUGUUUUUUUCAAUUUUGUAAGAUUUUCUGAAUUUCUAGGAUUGGUCAAAAGUUCAACUACCUAUUUUUUAUUGGUAGACUAGUAGUACGAUACGGAUAGAGAAUGGAGAUAUACGAGUCUAAUAAAUACUAUAUUAUUAUUCUUUCUAACACAAUUUGAAUAUCUUCUUGUUUUAUGUUAAUUAACUGAAACUUUGAAGAUAGUUUUCUUGAUUUCCAUUUAAUAUUAUUCAGAAGUAAUGUUACCAACUGGCUUCAUGAAGUCUCAAGGGAUUAGAGCUAGGCUACGCCUCUGUUUCUUCAAAGAUAACAUGAUUGU